AUGGGAUGCAAUAAUUCGAAAGUAGAGAAUGUGGAAGAUCCAAAAGCAAAAUCAACCAAAAAAGCACCUGAACCCGAAAAACCUAAAGAACUUAACCCAUAUCACCCCAACGCAUCAAAGCAAAUCGCCCAACGAGUUGACAAUGCGGAGAAAUUCGUCGACGGACUCAUUAAAUUCUUGAACACAAGAGCAGAAAUCGAAGCUGAUUAUGCAAAGAGAUUGAAAUCAUGGGAAAAUCAGUGGAACUCAAAUAUGGCCAAACACCCAGGGACGAAUGAGGAGCUCGCGAAAGUUUUCAGAGCUUUGACGACGGAAGCCGAUGCACAAGCGACUAUCCAUAAACGACGACAGGCGAAUCUGCAGACUAAUGCUGCAAAAGUCACAGAAUGGAAAGCGCUUAAUUAUCAUUCGAAGGGUCUUCUAUCUUCUGGAACAAAGGAAGGAGAAGAGCUCGAAAAGAUGCUUCAAGACGCGACUGGUCCCUGGAACGAAAGCAUUCACAAGGUCACAACUUUGAAGAAUGAAUAUCAUAGCCUCUGCAAAAGCGCCAUUCUUGCAGAAUCAGAAGCUGCUCGAGAUGCGAAACUGGAAGAAUACGAAGCCGCUCUAGCAGCACUUCCAGCUCAGCACCCAGAAGUCUGCCAGAAAGUCAAAGAAGCGGUUGAAAAACUCAGAGCUCUUGAGGAAAAACGUCUUGAAUUCGUCAAGACAAUCUGGAACGAAUACAUAAAAUCGGUCGAGUUCUCGCAAAGCGAUGCUGAUUCUUUGAAAGAAGCGUACGAUACAAUCAAUUUGAUGAUUGUCAAUGCUGAUAUCAACAAAGAAAUCAACGAAACGACGGAAAAAGCAAAUGCGAUAAAGCCAAAGAUUCCGCAAAAAGAAGAAUUCGACCCUUCAAAGAAAUAA